AUGGCGAGGGGAAGAGGUAGAGGACGAGGAAGAGGUUGGAAAACACCAAUAAUGAACGUUGGUGGCUCAGUAGGAGCUCGUGUGGAAGCAAUAGAGUUAAGGGAGCAGGAACAGGUUCAAAAAGGGGAAGCAAGUUUUGAAGGUGAGGUAGCUAGAAGUACUAAAGUAGCCAGGAGAUUGAGUUUAAAUUCACUAUCAGCUAAUGAGGAAGUGCUUGAGAACUCAGAUCUGGAAAGUUUAGAUGAUGAAAACAAGGUUGUUGGCAAUGGAACAGUAACAAGGAAUUCAGAGGAGCAACUAAAUGGAGAAGAUGGAGAUAGAAAUGCUGGUAAUGGAAAGGAACAAAAGAAGGAGGCAAAUGAACCAUGGGUUAAUAUGUUUAAGAAUAAUCGUGUAGCAAGCAAUGGAAUGCAGUUAUCCUAUUUUCCUCCACAGGUACUGAAUGGGCAAACGAUGGUGCAGCUGGAAGGGAAAGAGGUGCAAGAAGAAGAACAGAGAUGGAAAUGUGCUCUCAUUGCAUAUGUGAUUGGAGAAUGCCCUGGGUACAAUACUAUGAAGAGAUACAUAUUGAUGAACUGGUCAAAAGUGGAUAAACCUGAAGUGUUUCUUCAUGAGGAUGGAUACUAUAUAAUCAAGUUUCAGAAGAUUAGUGAUAUGAAUGAGAUUCUGUUCUCUGGGCCAUAUACUAUCAAUAAUCGACUAAUCAUUCUGAAACAAUGGUGUCCUGAAUUUGAUUUUGGAAGUGAGUUUUUAACAGAAAUCCCCUUGUGGGUGAAUUUUCCAAAAUUGCAUUUAAAUUGUUGGGGUGUGGGAUCUUUGAGUAGAAUUGCUAGUGCUAUUGGAGUUCCUCUUUUUGCUGAUGAGUGCACCAUAAAGCAAACAAGAAUCUCAUAUGCAAGAAUGCUUGUUGAAGUCAAUGUUACAAAAACUAUACCUCAGCAGAUAGCAGUAAUGGAUCCAAAUGGGAAAACAUUUAUGCAGGAAGUAGUGUUAGAAUGGAGGCCUCAAUAUUGUGAUAGGUGCCAGAAGAUUGGUCAUCUAUGUCAAGUGGAACCAGAACCAAAAGAAGAGAUGCCAAAAAGAUUAAGGCCAUGGAAAAAAGUAACUCAAAUAUGGCAGUAUAAAGGACCAAUAUCACAAAAGACUGAGCAGGAGAAGGUACAUGAACAAAGAAAAGAGAACAAUCUUAGUCCACAGAAGAAUAAGCAGGAGGAAGAACAGGAGAUAAACAAGAAGGUAGAUCAGCAAACACCAAGGAGUAUUGGGGACCAUUCUAAUAAUGCAGAUAAGCAGAUGGAAUUUAGUUUGGCUAACUUUCCUAUACUGAAAGCUAUACCAAUAAGGAAUGGGUUUGAAAGCCUCAUGCAUAACAAAAUGGCUUCACUAUCUAUUGAUAGAGGGUUAAUUGAAACAAGAGUUAAGGAAAAAAAUGUGAAAACCAUUCUUAAAGGGAUAGCACCAGGGUGGAGGGUGUUACAUAAUUAUACUGAUAGUCCUAAUGGAAGGAUUUUGAUAGUGUGGGAUGAUAACUGGUAUGAGAUAAAGAUGAUUAAUAGCUCAGCUCAACUCAUGUACUGUCAGUUACUGAAAGAAAGGAAAAGCUUUUGGCAAGAAAUGAAUACAAUGUCAAAAGGUAUCUCUCAACCAUGGCUCAUAGUAGGAGAUUUUAAUGCUAUUCUUUCUGCUAAAGACAGGUUAGACGGAGUUCCUGUUACUAAUAAUGAGAUUAAAGACUUUGCUGAAUGUGUGAGGGAUAUGGGGGUCAAUGAAUUGCAAUGGAAAGGUAAUUACUAUACUUGGACUAACAAGCAGUGUGGGAGGGACAGAAUAUCAAGUAGAAUUGAUAGAGCAUUUGGGUAUGAUGAAUGGAUGGACAAAUGGGGGCAUGUUAUUGUAGAAUAUGGGAAUCCAAGCAUAUCUGAUCAUUGUUCUAUGAUGAUUUUACUACAAAAAACUCAGCAUAAUGGGAAAGUUAGCUUUAAAUUUUUCAAUGUAUGGACUGAGCAUGAGGCCUUUAUGGAUAUGGUGGAAGCUAUAUGGAAAAAAGAAUAUGGCAAUAGUAUAAUGAAGAAGGUUUGGUGUAAGUUGAUUGAUCUUCACCAUGUAUUGAAACAGUUGAAUAGAAAGGAGUUUAAAUACAUUGGGAAACAGAUUGAGAUGGCUAGACUGGAGAUUGCAAAAAUUCAAGAUCAGCUAAAUGAACAAGCAACUAAUGACUUAAUUGUGCAGGAAAAAGAGUUACUGAUCAAACUUGAAAAAUGGUCAAUGAUAGAAGAAAGUGCUUUGAGGCAGAAGGCAAGGAUAAAAUGGAUCCAAUUAGGAGAUGCAAAUAAUAAGUUUUUCAGUUCAGUUAUAAAGGAGAGAGCUCAAAAGAAACAAAUAAGGAAUAUUAUGUCAUUGAAUGGUAAGAUGUUAUAUGAUCCACAUGAGAUUUAG